CUUACAUUUCUUUUUAUCUUUUAAUCUUUUUAUUACCAUGACUACUGCUGCUGCUGCUACUACUACUACUACUGUUCCUACUAGUACUGCUACCAUAGCUACCACUACUUUCAAAAGUGCAAGUACUAGUUUAUCUCAGCGUAGAAAAAAUAAAAAGAAUCUGUCACUAUGUCUACCACAGACAACACUUUCUACUCCCAUAAAGACGACUGAUCCUUAUUCAAAUGGACCUAUUGAAAUAAUGCCACAUUUGUAUCUUGGAUCAGAACAAAAUACCUUAAACAUGGAUCAAUUAAGAGAGUUGAACAUUCAAUCCAUACUCAAUGUAGCAGCAGAAGUCAGCCACCCAUACCAAGACAUGUUUCAAUCCAUUCAAUCGAUUAUACCUUCACCCACUUUAUCCAAAUCAUCUACUAUCAGCAGUACUUCCACUAUUCACACUAACUACUCCUCUGAUUCAUUAUUACAUCAUCCUUCGGACAUUAUAUAUCAUAAAUUGAAUUGGGAACAUAACCAAGAUAAUCUCGUAUUAGAAUUAGAAAAGGCAAUCGAUAUCAUUGAUAGAUCACGUUCGGUCAAUCAGAAUAUACUUGUUCAUUGUCAAUGUGGGGUAUCAAGAUCAGCUACUGUCAUCAUCGCCUAUAUCAUCAAGACACUAAAAUUGCCAAUGCAAGAUGCUUAUAAUCAUGUAAAGAAUCUGUCACCUGCCGUCAACCCAAAUUUAUCUUUAUUAUUUCAAUUACGAGAAUUUGAACAAUUCACUUUAAAGAAAAAACCACAUUUUUUAUUCAGCUGCUCCCUCACAAGUAAAUUACUUAAAAAGUAACUGUAUAGUUUCCCCCCUCUUUUUUAAAAAAAGUGUGUACAUUCUUCUCUCAUUAUUCACCAAGCAUAUACUAUACAUACAUAAUAAACCUUCAUGUUUAUAUCCUUCCACCCCUCUAUACUUUGCUUUCUUUUCCAAAUAUAGCUAUUGUUUACUAUGUGUAACUAUUGUGUUUAUUGUUGUAAAU